AUGAGUGAAGACUUCUCUGAAAACAAUGAAGGAAGUCCAGACAUCCGUGCUGUAAGAGGAGAAGAAGGAAAUCUGCUUCAAAGGAUUCCACCCCAGAUUCCCAGCUCUCACAUACACACCAAAAAUGGUCUUUCUGUGAGUGUGGAUGAAGCAAGAUUUCUGGAGAAACCACCCCUAUCUUACAUAGCCUUAAUUGCAAAGGCAAUUCUUUCCUCCCCUACAAAUAAACUGAAUUUAGCUGCUAUCUACAAAUAUAUUGAAGAUAAUUUUCCUUUCUACAGGAACAAAGGUCGAGGCUGGAGAAACAGCGUGAGGCACAACCUUUCACUAAAUGAUUGUUUCAUCAAGGUGGGGAGAUGUGAGGAUGGCAAAGGAAACUACUGGAGUAUCCACCCAUCAAACUUAAAUGACUUUGUUCACGGGGACUUCAGGCAACACCGAAGGUCACGAAAGCGAGGGCGUCAAAACGGGCUAGAGCAUUGCCUUGCUGUGAAUUAUUUCAUGCCGUGGGGACGCUAUCCUUCCUACCCAGCACCAAACUGGCUUUACCAAACACACUAUUUUCUGGAUCCUCUGUGGAAAAUGCUGUAUGCUGACAGACUGCAGUUUGUGCAUGAAUCUCAAAAAUGGAAUGUAAACAGUGAUUUAAUCAUGGGGAAGUUUUCACCUUCACUGCAGAGUGAUAAACCACACAGCAUUUCUGUGGACUGGUUUUAUGGACCUCCUGCUACUUCAGUUAUGCAGCAGAAUAUUUUCCUAAACAUUCAACAGGCAUUCCCUAAUUCCCUUUUUUCCUCUUCUCCAAAGCAGCAGCAAAGUGAAGCACUCAGACACAUCUGUAAGUACUAG